UUUUUACUACUAUAUUGUAGGAAGCCUCGUCUGGUCAAAAAGUUGGACGCCUUCAACUUUUUGACAUUACACACAGGAAAAAAGAUGGAACUCCGAUGUCAUCUGAGGCUGCAGAAAUUAUGGAGAAACUAAAAGAUAAGAAGGCAGAGUAUGAAGCGACUGCUUCGACUGAUAGUUCUGUUAAUUUUGAGGAUAUUGAUAACAGAAUUAUUAAUGAAGUUUUGGGUCCUGAAAGGUAUGGUCGGGUUAGAUUUCAAGGAUCUGGUGUUAACCCGACCCAAUAUUUUGGAUCCACCUCGCACCAAUACAUGCCUUCCGGGAGUCAAAGUCAAGCUAAAGUUCAGAGGUUAAAAGAUCAGAUAGUUCAGAUACAAGCUAGCACAGAUGAGCAAAUUUCUCAACUUAGAGCAGAGGCAGUAGUGAGGGAGGCGGAGGCAGCAGCGAGAGAGGCGGAGUAGAACAGGAAAUACAAUGAACUCCAGCAGCAGCUUCAGUCUAUGAUGACCAUGUUCCACCAAUUUCAAAAUCCGCCAUCAUAGACAUGUUUUCUUAUAACUUUUAACAUUAUUUUAAGAAUAUUUUGAAUAUUCAUUUCCAAUUUAUAUAAUAUAUUUUUCGUAUAA